AAAAUAUUGUUUUUAGCUUAUUGUAAGUUUUCUUUUCAAAACUUAGAUAAUAAUAUUGCGAAUGGCUAAUAAGGAAGAUAGCGUCAAUGUUCGGCAUUGAAAAACAGCUGAUUCCAAACAAAUCAACGGAAAGCGUUUCGAAGAUAUCAGCUGAUAAUCAUUUUGCCGUCGCGACGCUACCAUUUCCAUUGGGUGACACCUUUUACACAUACUACGGCAAAUCAGAGCCGACAUCGCGACCAGCGUAAACAUAACUGUUUUCUUUGUUUUUUGUUUUUAUCGAUUCAUUCAUAAGAGAAACAAAACACACUGUCAAAAAUUUCUCUCUGAUGAUGAUGCAUUUGCCAGACAGGAGAGCCGCGAGAGUGUGUUUAUUUUUAUUGGUUUGCAAAACGUAGUGAUUUUUACUGAUUGUGUUUUUAACGAAAAAGCACCGAAAACGCGAUGUCGUUCCACCGGCGCUGUGGCAAGCGAAUUAAGCUGGUCAACAACAACCGAACCGCUAUGCGAAACAUCAGCGAGUUCAACCACGGACUUGUUCUGAGCGCCGAGCCUCUGCAGGACGAUGUCCUGUUUGAAGUGCGAAUUGAUGAAAAGAUCCAUGCUUGGAGCGGUAGCAUCGAAAUCGGGGUGACUACGGUCAAUCCAGAAGCAACGGAGUUGCCUCCGUGUGCGACAAAGCUACGUAGUGGAACUUGGGUGAUGUCUGGCAUUUCGGUACUGAAAGAUGGAGUGUCACUGUUAGAGUACUACGGUUCGGAUUUAGAUAAACUGGGCGAAGGGGACCGAGUGGGUGUCGUACGAACGGCCCAAGAUAAAUUGGUUUUCUACGUCAACGGUGAGUCACAAGGAGUGGCCGCCGUAGACAUACCAAAAAAUGUGUAUGCCCUGGUGAACUUGUACGGGAAGUGCGUGCAAGUUUCGAUCUGUCCAUCAGACAGUCUGGAAUACAGCAACGAAAGCACGCAAAUUUCUCAGAACAUCGAUAUUGCAAUGUCGGUGGAGAUGUCCGUCAGUGCUUGCACCAAUGGAGGGGGUCCGUCAGGUGUCGGAUCGGAUGGGAUGGAUCCCAACGAUAAGCUACGUUUCCACACCAGAUGUGGGUCGCUUGUUAAGCUUAGUGCUAAUUGCCGAACUGCAGAAAGAAGGCGUCCAUUGGACGAAUUCAACAAUGGAGUAGUAAUGACUCAUCGUCCAUUGCGGGACAACGAGCUUUUCGAAAUAAGAAUUGAUCGACUAGUGGACAAAUGGUCCGGAUCGAUUGAGGUUGGUGUAACAACGCAUUGCCCAUCGGCGUUGCAGUUUCCAGCUACUAUGACAAACCUUCGAAGCGGAACCAUCAUGAUGUCCGGCUGUGGCAUUCUCACUAAUGGCAAAGGAACUCGCAGGGAAUACGGAGAAUUCAAUCUCGAUGAGUUACGUGAAGGUGAUCGCGUUGGAAUGAUGCGCAAAUCAAAUGGGAAUCUUCACUAUUACAUCAAUGGACGUGAUCAGGGCGUUGCAGCCACCAGAGUGGCUCAAACACUUUGGGGUGUAAUUGAUCUAUACGGAAUGACAAUCAAAGUCACGAUCGUUGAUCGUGACGAACGUGAACAACAGAACCUAGUUACUAGGCGGAACAAUCUCAUGAGUUUACCCGUUACUGAACAUGAAUUAAUUCCUGCAAGCCCUGAAGUGGACUUCAGCCAAUCAGACCGAUUAUUGUUCCAUCCCAUGUGCGGAUCUCAUGCUAGUGUUACACACAGCGGAAGAACAGCUCUACGCCCCAAUGCUUCGGACGAUUUCAACAAUGGAGUUGUAUUGACUAGACGUCCUCUGAGGCCCAACGAAAUGUUCCAAGUUCGCUUGGAAAGAGUUGUCACUAAAUGGGCCGGUUCAGUUGAAAUGGGAGUCACCACACAUAGCCCAACGGAGCUAGAUUUUCCUUUUACCAUGACUAACGUCCGCUCCGGAACAUGGAUGAUGACCGGCAAUGGAGUAAUGCAUAAUGGUAUGACAGUCAUAGAGCAGUAUGGACAAAAUCUAGAUCGUUUACAGGUCGGUGAUCGCGUCGGAGUAGUUCGAAAGGAUGAUGGAACUCUGCACUUUUGGGUCAAUGGUGUAGACCAAGGACCAGCAGCUUCGAAUGUCCCGGAGAAAGUCUACGGUGUCAUCGAUCUGUACGGUCAAGCUGCUCAAGCAAGCAUCGUUGACACUUCAGAGUGCGGAACACCAGACACUGGCAAUUCGACGAUCUCAAAUACAACUCUUUUUAGCAGUGAACCGAAGUUGAAGUUUCAUUCCGUUCAUGGAAAGAAUGCUCGAAUUUCGAACGGCGGGUUGACGGCUUGUAGGCCAAAAGCAUUGGCGGAGUUCAACGAUUCUAUCGUUUUUAGCAACAGACCACUCCGCCAAAGGGAGUUGUUCGAAAUUAUUCUCGAAACAGUGGUUGACCAGUGGAACGGUAGUAUCGAGAUUGGCGUAACCGGAAUUCGUCCGGAUGAACUGAGCUUACCGAGCACGGCCACUGAUUUGGAGCACGACACAAUUAUGAUCUCAGGAACUACAUUGAUGGGUAACGGAGUAACGAUUCGGAAUGAUCUUCCGUUUGACUUGGACACUUUAACUGCUGGCUCCCGAGUGGGAGUAAUGCGUAAUGCGGACAAUAUCCAUUUCUUCAUUAACGGAGUGGACCAAGGCCCAUACUAUGAAUGCAAAGCUCCAAAUUUGUACGCUGUCAUCGAUCUGUAUGGCCAAUGUGCCCAGGUAAGCAUCACAACGCCGCAGCCUGACAUUCGAGCGCCUUAUGCAAUCAGUGAGAAUUCCCAGAGCUUGCAAGCGACAUCAGUGAUUCAACCAGCUCUCGAAGCAAAGCAUCGUUGGUCUUGCAUUUCCGGAAAUGUCACGCUGAUGCAAAAUUGGACGUUGGCAUCUCGUUGUACAAACGCAGCUUUGUCACAUUGCUUGGUGUUCUCUGAAAGACCCCUCGUUGUGGGAGAAACUUUCGAAAUAAAAAUCAACGAGGUCAAUUCUCUCUACGCGGGUAGUCUAAAAAUCGGAGUUACCGAUCUCAAUCUCUCGGACGAGCACGUUCGUAAAAACAUUCCCAUUAGUAUGAAACGAAUUCCUGCCAAUGUUUGGUACGUUAGCGGCAACGAAGUACGCUACAAUUCAACUUUGCUACAGAAAUCUCUCGCCUCGUUAGAUUGGCUUAGAGUUGGGGACCGCAUCGCUAUAGAACUAACUGCAUCGCGAACACUGAAGAUUCUGUUGAAUUCAGAGGAUAUGAACAUCAGUUUCCAAAACGUUUCAGAGGAUAUUUUUGCUGUUGUUGAGCUAAUGGGAUCCACAAUGGCCGUUCAAGUAAUCUCAUCGCAAGGACCAUCAUCGCCACUCAGACCAUGCAGCCUGCGACUCCAGGACUCACUCGAGCUUGGACUAGAUCCUCUAAACAAACAAGACUCGAUGCUUGAAUCGAUCGAUUCUGAUAGUCUGUCGUUCGAAUUCUCCGAAUGUCACGGUAAAAACAUUCAACUUUUCGAUGACAAGAAAACGGCCUCGAGGGUCCAAUCCUAUCACCAAGGAAUUGUGUGCCUAUCCAAGCCUUUGUGCAAAGGUCACAGCAUCAGUAUAAAAGUUACCCAACUGAAUACUAAAUGGAAGGGAACUAUCGCUGUUGGGGCCCUUGGAGUAUGCCCCGGAACCCAUCAAUUCCCCUUCCCGACAUCGGCUAUCCUCUUCCGAAGGCCUUGUUGGAUCGCUACCCAUGAUUACAUUAACAUCAAUGGCAACAAGACUCAAUCAAAAUAUGCGGAAAUCUUUGACCAGAUUCAAGUCGGAACGGUCAUUACCCUGACGCUCACCCAUGCAGGAAAUUUGAGUAUUACGUUUGGGCAGACACAGUUAGACGACCUGGCAGUCGGGUUACCGCACCACAUCUACCCAGUUUUCGAUGUGUACGGAAAAUGUGAGAAGAUCUCGAUCGUUAAUGGUGAUGCAAAAGGCGGUAGUCCGAUCAAUGAGGAGUUGGCAACAAUGCCGUUGGGUGCGAUCGCUGCAGGUGUGUCCGGCAUUUUAGCCACCGAAGUAGAGAACGUUCCUCAAUGUGAAAAGGCGGACUUGGAGAUCCAUGAAAAGGAAACCGAUGCAGCAGCUUGUGCUUCCAAUCCAGGGCCAUCGGUUAUGAGUCGUUCUGUGAUGGACAGCGUUUCUGAAAACCUGUUGAUGAAUAUUUCCAUCAAGAAUCGUACGGCAAACGAAGCACGAAAUCAAGAUUUAUCAAAUUCUUGCUGCCUAAGAGACUCUCUUCAACUUCAACAUUCCACGAAUCUCAACAUUCAACGAAGUCAAAGCACUCAUCGGUUCAAUGCCCUACAGGGUAGCUUCGAUAGCAAUCGCGGCGGAGAGUUGUCCCAAUCGGUCAACUGUGAUGAAGGCUUUGAAGACUAUCGCUCCAAUACCAACAGCAAUGGUCAAACGAAUGCUGCCAGUAAUCCGUUGGCAUCAUCCAACCAAGCAGCCCAGGAGAACAACACUGAUCCGAACUAUCUGGAAGACGUUGACAGCAAUAUAGAUUUCAGUAUUCAACUCAACGAGUCCGAGGUAGAGGAAGAUAGCAACACGAUCGCGAACAAUCGUGCGAAGCUGGGCCUACCUCUACAGGCAUCCUGUUCGACGGCUCCGGAGCACCAGCCUCCGAUAGUACAAUCAUGUACUACCGGUAUCAGUACUUCAACGAGUCGUCGUGCUACCAUCGUUGAAUUUGUUGAUGAUCAUAUGCGUUCCUCUCGUACUAAUUCUGUGUCCUCCUCAUCCAUGUUGAGCGUUGUAGAAAAUAAGGACUGCGAUUAUCUGAAGCUAGUGAUGGGAUUCAAGCGCACUUUGAUGCUUCCGGAGGUUUUCUUCGCAGGAGACACUUUCGGAUGUUUCUGUGAAGGAUGUGCUCCAUCGCUGCAGAACUCGUUGGUUAAAAGCUGGGUGCGGUUCAAGCUAAAUCAAACGCUGAGCAGUUCGAGUGCAGUUAAUACGGCAGAUGAUUCUGUAUGGACUACGGCUUACUACAAUGCGAGGGUUGAGAAGAUCCGUUCGGUUUUGGACCAUGGACAGCCGCUUCCGAUCGAAUCCUGUCAAUUCCUGCCGGAUGGAUCAACGGUCGGUGACCAUUUUGUGCCCGGCACUCACAUUCUAUUGCAAUCAUCUCCGGAUUCGAGCGAACGUUCGCAACGGUCAUCAUUUCACCGUUAUAUGGCAAACAGUGUUUGCUAUCGAAUUUGCGCCACCUUCGAGGUACGCGUCCGUUCGCAAUCUCUGUCCGCUAUAGACUUCGGCGAAACGCCUGCUGCAGGGGCUGUAACCGGUGAAAUUGGCUCCACGGCCGGUGCCAACGGGUUACGCUAUUGGACCACCAAAGAAGCGGAUGCAUGCGUAUUGACGGCAUUGAUGGUGUUACUUACUCCGGUUUAGAGGAGAACUUAUGAGACUACUUAUAUAUGUUAGAAUGCUUGAAAUGCUAAAACAAACAUUGCUUAUAUCAGUAUAUAUUAAUCGUGCAAUUAUAGUGUUGUGCUUAAUUUUUGCGAUGUUUUAUUGAU